AUGCCGCAGUUCCAGACCUGGGAGGAGUUCAGCCGCGCGGCCGAGAAGCUCUACCUCGCCGACCCCAUGAAGGCACGUGUGGUUCUCAAAUAUAGGCAUUCUGAUGGGAGCUUGUGUAUGAAAGUAACAGAUGAUUUAGUUUGUCUGGUGUAUAGAACAGACCAAGCUCAAGAUGUAAAGAAGAUUGAGAAAUUCCACAGUCAACUGAUGCGACUCAUGGUCGCCAAGGAGUCCCGCAGUGUUGCCAUGGAAACGGACUGA